AUGACUAAUCAGUUACAAAAGCAGUAUGAGAAGAUGCAAACUUCUCCUGCAAUUUUGCAUCACCUACAAGAGUUAUUUGGUAAAAAUAGCAGAAUGGCAAGAUAUGAGAUAUCUAAACAAUUAUUCAGGAAAAAGAUACAUGAAGAGCAGGAUGUGGGAGAACAUGUCCUUGACAUGAUCCGACUUAUAGAGCAGCUGGAGGCAUUGGACUUUACCAUAGACUUUUCUCUCCCGACGGAUUUGAUCCUACAAUCCUUGCCUGAGUUUUUUGGAAGCUUCAUCACAAACUUCCAUAUGACUAAACAAGAAUGCACUUUGGCUGGUCUUCUGAACAUUCUUGUGAUUGCCCAAGGCAAUAUGUUUGGUAGGAAGGGAAAGGAGGUGGCACUUUUUGCUUAUUCUUCUUCUUGUAAGACCAAGAAGAAGAAGAAAAGAAAUAAGAAAAAGCCAUCUUCUACCCUUGGCCCUUUUGAUAGAGUGGGCAAAAAGAGCCAAACAAUGAAUAAGAAGGAAAAAGCCGCUCCGGCUAACAAAGGAAAGUAUUCUGGUAUUGCUUGUCAUGCUAAUUCUACUUGGGUCAUUGAUACUGGCUCUAAUUCACAUAUAAUCUCUGAUGUGUAG